AUGGACUUUGUCAUGAAGCAAGCGCUGGGCGGUGAGUGGCUGCCAUCCCCUCUAACAGGCCCCCCUCUGGGUGCGAUGCUGGCUCAGCACCCCAGGGAGCAUGGUGGGAAAGACAUAUCCGGGCUGAAUAAAAAGGAGGAAAAGGAGGCGGUGGACAAAUCAGCGCUGGAACAGCCGUGCGAGGGCAGCCUGACGCGCCCCAAGAAGGCGAUCCCGGCGGGCUGCGGGGAUGAGGAGGAGGAAGAGGAGGAGAGCAUUCUGGACACCGUCCUCAAGUACCUGCCUGGCCCACUGCAGGACAUGUUCAAGAAGUAA